GGUGCAUGAUGCUGAUUUCGACUGACUGAUAACCCACACACUCUACAGACGAAGUUUCUAUCGAAUAUUGUGCAGGAAGGUGAAAUUGAGGUGAGAUAGCCACUAGCUACUACACGAAGGCCUCGCAUCAAAAUGUUGUGGCUGUUCAUGGGGAAAUGACCCCAGAUGUGAAAACAAGACUGAUAUGAAAAAUAUGUUACAUACUUCAACGGUGGCUGGGAAUACGGAGAGGGACACUAGGAGCCGAGAACAGCCCUAGAAAUGCCCGGCGCACCUCCCUUGCCUCAGAGGAGUGAUAGCUUGCCAAGUAGUAUUACACCCCCUGUGCCCCCUAAACCUGCCACACAUCAACUGCCGAGCUUCAGACCUGUAAAUGUAGCUAAAGAAGAAAGUCCUGUCAAGCACAAAGUUUCAAAAUCUAAAUCGUACGGAAAUCUGAAAAAAAUGGCGACGAUAGAACAUUUGAAUAUUGAGUCAGCUUUAACACAAGACUUUGAGUACAAAAGUCACUAUAAGCAUAGCUUUAGAACCUUUUUAGAAUUCUAUGAGAAAGGUCAGUUAUGUGAUGUAGAAAUCAAAGUUGGAGAAAAAUCUUUUCGAUGCCAUAGGAUGGUUUUAGCUUGUGUCAGUCAAUAUUUUCGUAUCAUGUUUAUGUCGGAGAUGUCAGAGAGUCGACAAGAAACUAUAACAAUACAUGACAUCGAUGAAAGUGCGAUGGAAAAGCUGAUAAAGUUUGCAUAUACAUCAAAAAUUCAUCUUAGUGUAGAUACUGUUCAGCCAAUUUUGUAUGCUGCUUCCAUACUGCAGAUGGAAACUGUUGCUAAAGCUUGCUGCGAAUUCAUGAAAAAGCAUCUUCAUCCAACAAACUGUAUUGGUGUUCACAACUUUGCUGAACAACAUAACAGAACAGAAUUAAUGAAAAUGGCUGAUGAUUAUAUUCUUGAAAAUUUUCUGGAUGUCAUAGAAACUGAAGAGUUCAAAAAUAUCUCAGUGAGGCUUAUAUGUUCUAUCAUGUCUUCUCCUGACCUCAAUGUCAGCAGUGAAAACGAGGCCUAUGAAUCGGUGAUAAGAUGGGUGAAAAAAGACUCUGAAAAUCGUAAAAAACAUUUGGCAGAACUUUUGUCUCACCUUAAACUGCCAUUACUAAGUCUAUCAUACCUACAGAAACAUGUUGCUACAGAAGAACUAGUGAAACAUGACCUUGAAUGUCGUGACCUUCUAGAUGAAGCAAAGAACUAUAAAAUGUCUGUUGCCAACUUGCUCACAGAUAUCAAAAUCUCUGAAAGGACACGGCCAAGGAAAAGUUAUGCAGGUGUUCUAUUCUGUGUCGGCGGAAGAGGAGCCUCUGGUGAUCCUUUUAAAAGUAUUGAAUGCUAUGAUUAUCGGAAGAACAGGUGGUUCCAGGUAUCUGAGAUGAACACUAGGCGGCGCCAUGUUGGCGUGUGUUGUGCUUCAGAUCUACUAUAUGCUGUUGGAGGACAUGAUGGUACCAAACAUCUAAAUUCUGGGGAAGUGUUUGAUCCUAAAUCUAACACCUGGACUAGUAUUGCACCCAUGUCUACUCCUCGGCGUGGCAUUGCCCUGGCCUGUCUAGGAGGCCCGAUCUAUGCUGUUGGAGGGUUGGACGAUUCUGCCUGUUUUAACACUGUGGAGAGAUUCGACCAAGGCUGUGACACUUGGACAUUUGUAGCAUCCAUGAAUACUCCUCGUGGUGGAGUAGGUGUAGCAGCAUUGAAUGGUUGUCUGUAUGCUGUUGGUGGUAAUGACGGAGUUUCCUCCCUUGACAAGUGCGAGAUGUAUAACCCUUUCAUUAAUAAAUGGUCAUUUAUUGCAUCCAUGAAUCGGCACAGAGCAGGAGCAGGGGUGGCUGUCCUGGAUGGAUACAUUUAUGUUGUAGGAGGGUUUGAUGACAAUGCACCACUGGAUUCUUGUGAGCAGUAUGAUCCAAGGUCAGAUCAAUGGACCACUGUGUCAAGCAUGUCCUGUUGUCGCGGAGGAGUUGGCGUAGGAACUAUGGGUGGGCGACUAUACGCUGUGGGAGGACACGAUGGCACUAACUAUCUCAGCUCUGUGGAGGCCUAUGAUCCACUCACAGACAGCUGGAAAACUCUGACGGAUAUCUGCCAUUGCAGAGCAGGAGCAGGAUUAGCAUUUUGUAACAUAUGUCCUGUUGCACUGCAGCAGUCAAGCACUCAGAUGAAGGAACAACUCCACUGCAUGUAGGAGGAGGAGUCAAGUAAAUUGUAGGAGGAGACUGGUGGAUUGAAGGAGGAGGCUAGUAUUUUGUGGGAGGAGUCUAAAAGAUUGAAAAAAGAGUCGGUUAGAUUGUUCGAGAACUGUGUGGAUUGAAGAGGUCUAUUAAAUUUUAGGAGCAGUCUGGUGGAUUGUAGGAGGAGUACAGAAAAUUAUUGGAGAACCCUAAUUGACUGGAGAUUGAGUAGGAGGAGUCUGGUGGAUUGAAGGAGAAGGCUUGUAAUUUGUGGGAGGAGUCUGAUGCAUUUAGGGGUUGGGGCUAGUAUUUUGUGGGAGGAGACAGAUGGAUUACAGAGGAACUCUUAUAACACUGUUAAUCAUGGUGUUUAUCUGUAAUUUGUAUAGAGUUAUUAUUGGUUAUUGAUUGCCAUAAGAAACUUCCCCAUGUACAGUUUGUAUAAAGUUUGUCAUGUGAACCAAGUAAUGUUUUAAAAAUAGGGAUGGAGAGAUUUAUGUAUGAAUUCUAGUCAAGUGCAUAGAGGAGGACAAGAAGAAGGUGCUGUGAUGGGAAAGAACAAUCAAAUGUUGUUUUUUAUUUUUGUGUCAUCGAGCAACUAGCCAUUUGAAAAAAAAACUCUGUCAGUGCAAGUACCAGCUGACAAAGAAGUCUAAGUAAGAUGGAGGGAUAAGAAUGGAGAGAGAAAGAUAAUAGAAAGAGAAAGAAGAAGAAGAAUCCUAUAUCUCUGAGAUUUUUUAUGUUAGAGUCAACAGUGAAUUUCUUUUAGGUUAUCCAAAUAAGUCUUGAUACAGAAAGUUUAAUCCAUUUUUGUAGAAUUGUAAUGAUAUUUUGCUCCAAUGCUGGUACAAUGCACUGUCUGUAUAUUUCGCUAUAAGCAAACUGCCUAAAGAUUUCAUUAUCUUGCAGCCAAAAUAUAUGAUAAUGGUUCCAAAUAAUUUAACUACAAAUAGAUGGUAUGGUGAUGAAAUCUCUUAAAAUGACUGCAAAAAUUUAAUAUGUGAAAUGAUAAGGCAUAUGUGUAUAAAAUAUCUUUUGUAAGUUCAGAUUGCAAAUUUUUGAGUUAAUUCAAGAUAUUAUAUGAUCAUUCUAAAAGAAAAUCACAAAAUUUUUGACUCAUGAGUUAUUUUGAGGGGGGAAUCUCUUUGUAGUAGCUGAUGAUUACCUUCACAGAAAAAUACAGGGGAGGCCCAUUGCAUGCCAUUCUGAGCCAAAUUAGGGUAAAAUUCUUGUGCUAGAACACAACCAUGUUACCACAGACCUGCCCAUUUUUCAGCAUUCUAAGAAAUACUCACUGAUGCCACAGGUAGAGAAUGUCGAACCCAAGCAACCUGAGGUUAUGUGCAUGUAGGCUAAAGCCCUCGUUAACUGAGCUAUCAACUGACCCCAGAAUUUCAUUGUGCUUUCAUUGUGUCACUUCUCUAUAAUAGGCAAACUUUGUCAACAAAAACCUUUUUUUGGAUGGUGAAUUGCUGUUAAGAAAAAUUUUGCGAUGUGUCCACAUAUGCAGUUAUUGACUAUGCUUUUGUUACCAUAAAUAUUUGGCUGGAAAUUGGAAAUUAUAGAUACAUAUGAUGGCUUGGAAGCAAACUUACAUUGUGAAUUAAACUAUUAAAUUUAAAAUAAAAUAAUUAAAAGAAUUUAAAUAGAGUGACUGUUUUUAAAUAGAUAAAUAUCAUGUAAAAUUUGAUGCUGAUUGUUAUCUUACAACGCUGCAUGUAUUAGAUGAAUUUUUUGUUACCGUUGUCAUCAGAUCUGCCUUAAUUUAGAAUGUAAAGCAUUAUCAUGUAUAUAUAUAUAUAUAUAGAUGUAACUGACUUUGUACCAUCAUCAUAGCAUUAAUUCUAAAACAAGUUUUUAGCCUGUGCAGGUGCAUGCAUAAAAUACACUUUGAUUCUGUUUAUAAAAGUCCUAUCUAUUCACACACAUUGGUAAUUUUAUUGAAAUAAUUCACAAAAAAGUAUUUGUUGUGAGUAAUUUGAUCAAAGAAUUUAUUUAUUUAAAUAUUAAUUUUGCAGUAAAUCAUUCCCUGAGGUAUUUCACUUACCAAUCCUUUAUGGAAUAUCAAACCAGUGAAUAAGAGAGAUGAAAAGAGUCUGUGAUUUAUUAUUUUGUUUAGCAAGUUUACAAGGACAUAUGUCUCAAUUAAAACUGACUUUACCACAAUAUAAUGAAGUUCAUCAGAAAUAGGUUUGAAAUUUAAAUGCAAGUCAUCAUAUUAUGCAAUGAAAAUGAUGUAUUUAGAAAACCAUGUGUUUUGUACACGUAGUCAUUAUGUCAUUGGUAAUUGGUGUUACAGCAUUACUCCUAUUUAGUUGUUAAAUCAGAGAUUGACCACAAAGAGUUAUGGCCCCUUUUUCCAUUCUUAAUUAUGUGUAUUGUUAGUGGACUGGGAUUUUUUCAUUGUAUUUUGUUGGUGUGGAUAAGAUCAGAUUAUAUUUGCGGUGAAUUCAAAACAUUCAGCUUAAUGUUGCAGGGAAAAUCCUGACAGCUGAGGCCUAUUAUUAGUGUUAAUAAGAUGGUCCAACUUCAUUAAAAUUGAAAAAAGGAAAAUGUGAAAUUAAGAAUAUGGCAGUCAAUUUAAUUUUUUUGGGGUCCCUUUGCCACUUUCAGAGUGUUAUCCAAGAGAUUCUUGGAAGAAAUUGUUUUGUUUAUAAACCCUAAAAAAAAUUCUGAAAUGCAAUAAUCCACCUUUAGUGUUUCUCUGUGUUAUGUUACAUUACUAGUGUCUGUUUUUUGUCGAAAGGUACUUGUUUUGAUAGGUUGUAAUUUGUUUAUAAUGUUUUAUAAUAGUUUUUUUUAGAACUGUCAGACAUACAUGCAUGAAGUCAAAACUUGUCAAAUGUGUUUUAUUAGAAGCCAAAAUAAGUAUAUAUAUCAUGUUACAUUUUGAAAUGAAAAACACUGUUUUAUGGAAUUUAUUGGGUUUGGACAAAUAUGAGCAAUAAAACUCUAUUUUAUUUUGUUUUAAGGUGCUUUUUGUGUAAAAUGUGUCAAUGUGUUUUUUUAAUUUUUAAUAGAAUUAAGGGAGAUCUUUCUGAGUAGAAGAUGAAAAUACUUAGUUUAGAUUGAAAUAUUUUUGUAACAACUGCUGUACUGAUCCCAUUCAAUGCUGUGUUUUUGUAUGUGAUUAUCAUGUUUUUUGCAUGAAAAUAUUGAAGAUCCUGUCUAUUUAUAAAACCUUAACAUGCUCUUGUGAGUAAAGAAAUCAAAAUUGA